AUGCUGUCAACAGAUACAGGUUUAAAGUCGGAAAUCAUGAUGAAUACCACAGGGUGGUCGACCCCCAUUAUUUCACUCGAAAGUUCAUCAAUAUCUCAGGACUCGUCGUCAUUGUCAUCAGAGGACAUCGGAGUGGAUUCAGUUCACAAAGAUCAUGUACUUGAUACCAGCAUAGACCAAAACUUAUUGCACGAAUCGUUGUUCCAAUCAAACGGGAGUGAAGUGAUAUUGGACGGCACCCAGGAAGUUACCUCAAACGCUCUGGUCAGUCAAUCGAGCGAUGUUUCAUCUUCCCCUAUCUCAAUUGAGAUGAUUGAACCUCCAUCGACUCCAAUACUCCAACGGCCAAGUCAAGAUGGCAAGUUUGACACUGAAAAUACUACGAAUGUCUCGCUUUUUGAUGACAUAUCUUUUCUUGAAUCCAAUAGGUUAAUCUUCGAAGCAGCCGCACAUGAGGGUAGCGACUUGUUGUCAAGCAAUGACUCUCAGGGUUUCAUGAGUUUUGAGGAGUGGAAAAAACACAAGCAACAACCUGAAAAUGGAACUAAUGCUUCGGUGUCUGCUAAUGUGAAAGUUGUCUCUAAAUCUGUGACCAAACCAAAAGCACCGCAGAAGAGAUUCAAUUUUGCACUGGCUGAUUGUGCUGCUACUGUCGUCGAUACUCUGGGUAAAGGCGCUGGCGCCAUUUUGAACGAGAACAAGGAUCUGUAUUUGCUCAAUGAGUGUCAUCUGGAACAUCAGUUUGUCGUUAUAGAACUUUGUCAAGAGAUCUACGUCGAAUCAGUGGUGAUUGGAAACUACGAGUUCUUCUCAUCGCAAUUCAAGGAUGUGAGAAUUCUGGUUCUGGAUGUGUUUCCUAGUGCAAAAUGGUGGAUCCUUGGAGAAUUCACUGCCGAUAAUUUCCGUAACGUUCAACAGUUUUUGAUAGAAAGUCCUAAGAUUUGGGCGCGUUACUUGAAGAUUGAGGUCUUGUCACAUUAUGGAAACGAAUACUAUUGCCCCAUCUCAGUCGUGCGGGCUCACGGCAAAACGAUGAUGGAAGAUGCAAAAGAGGAUACACCGUUAGACAAUAAUUAUUUUGUCGAAGCUUCCAUUGAACCCCCUCAACUUGACAAAUGCAUUAUCAAUCCGCCCUACUUAGGGCUUUCGCAAUUCCUUCAGGAUAUUAAUCUGACUAACACACUGCAAGGGUACGACCUGUGUGAUGCUGAACCAAUAAUUUCGACUUCCUUGGAAAGUCAACAAGAAUCAGUAUACAAAUCGAUAAUGAAGCGACUCACUUUGCUAGAGUCAAACGCUACAUUGUCUCUUUUGUAUAUUGAAGAGCAGCUGAAGCUUUUGCUGGAGGCUUUUGUCAAUCUCGAGAAACGGCAAUCGUUAAAUUUCGAUUCAUUGGUUGCUCUGUUCAAUCAUACAAUCAGCACUCUGCUUUUAAAUUUUAGAAGCAACUAUGCUCAUUUACACCAGGAGUAUCUGAAACUCUUGCUGAUGCAGAAGCAGACUCAUGAGGAAAUUGUGCGAGAUACUAAGUACAAAUUAUCCUUCUUAUCUGGUGAACUUCUGUUUCAAGAACGAGUAUCACUAUUCAACCUGGUAAUCAUUAUUUGCAUGCUUAUCUACGUGGUAAUCACCCGCCAGGCCUACGUGGACGACGUCAAAGAUCGUGCCCGACUUCCUAAUCAUCUCCGACAACAUAGAGUCAAAAGACCAGGCCGUCGUCGCCGCCGUCGCGUUCAUUAUGUACAUCACUAA